AGCGAAUGGAAGCCAGGGAGAGUACAGAGUGGCGAUAAGAGGAGAGGCUCUGUUGUUUGUUUAUGGGAAUUGGAUAUACCAUUAGCCAUUUGUAUUGUAUGGUCCGAAACAAAUGUCCGAUAAGGUGAGCAGCAGCAGCAUCGGAAUCGGAAUCGGAAUCGGAAUCGGGAGUUUGACUCGCCGGGCGAGCAUGGCAACUGCUCCCUCCACUCUCUCCUCCAAUGCCCUCCCGCUUCUCUCUCUCAGAAAGAGUCUUAUCUUGCUCCGACCCGCCGGCUUCAGUCGCCCCCCACGCUUCCCCGACUUUCUUGCUCGAACUCGCCGCGCAUUGCCUCGUUCCUCGCCAAUUCGCGCUACAGCCUCCUCCUCCGACGAGCUCUCCACUACCUCUCUAGGUCAAGGAAUUGAGAAUCUGGUGAUUAUAGGUUCAGGUCCAGCUGGCUAUACAGCAGCAAUUUAUGCAGCUCGUGCCAACUUGAAACCUGUUGUGUUCGAGGGAUAUCAAAUAGGUGGUGUCCCUGGUGGACAAUUAAUGACAACCACUGAAGUGGAAAACUUCCCUGGAUUUCCUGAUGGAAUAACUGGUCCUGAUUUGAUGGAUCGGAUGCGACGGCAAGCUGAGCGCUGGGGAGCAGAAUUAUUUCAAGAAGAUGUAGAAUUUAUUGAUGUGAAGAACAAUCCUUUUACUGUUCAAAGCAGUGAACGCAAGGUGAAGUGCCAUAGUGUUAUUGUGGCUACAGGAGCUACUGCAAAAAGGCUGAGAUUACCUCGUGAAGAUGAAUUUUGGAGUAGAGGAAUUAGUGCUUGUGCAAUAUGUGAUGGAGCAUCGCCACUAUUUAAGGGGCAAAUCCUUGCUGUGGUUGGAGGAGGUGAUACUGCUACAGAGGAAGCAUUGUACUUAACUAAAUAUGGUCGUCACAUUCAUCUACUUGUACGCAGGGACCAACUAAGGGCAUCUAGAGCAAUGCAAGAUAGAGUUUACAACAAUCCAAAUAUCACUGUGCACUUCAAUACAGAGGCUGUGGAUGUUGUUAGCAAUACAAAAGGGCAAAUGUCUGGCAUUUUGGUUCAGAGAGUUGAUACUGGAGAGGAAUCUGUGCUUGAGGCAAAAGGCUUAUUUUAUGGGAUAGGUCAUUCACCAAAUAGCCAAUUGUUGGAAGGCCAAAUCAAACUUGACAACUCAGGUUAUGUGUUGGUGAAGGAGGGUAGCGCUGAAACUUCAGUUGCAGGUGUAUUUGCAGCUGGAGAUAUUCAGGAUCAUGAAUGGAGGCAAGCCAUAACUGCAGCUGGUUCUGGAUGCAUUGCUGCUUUAUCAGUGGAGAGAUAUCUUGCAAGCAACAAUCUCCUUGUUGAAUUUCACCAGCCCAAGACUGAAGAGGCCAAGAAAGAACUCACAGAUAGAGAUGUACACGAAGGUUUUGACAUCACACUUACAAAGCACAAGGGUCAGUAUGCUCUAAGAAAAUUGUACCAUGAAAGUCCGAGGCUUAUAUGUGUACUAUAUACUGCUCCAACAUGUGGUCCAUGUAGGACGUUGAAGCCAAUUCUUAGCAAGGUGAUAGAUGAAUUUGAUGAGAAUGUACAUUUUGUUGAAAUUGAUAUUGAAGAAGAUCCUGAGAUUGCCGAGGCAGCUGGAAUUAUGGGCACCCCAUGCGUACAGUUUUUCAAGAACAAGGAAAUGCUCAGGAUUGUGUCAGGGGUGAAAAUGAAGAAUGAGUACAGAGAGUUCAUUGGAGCAAACAAGUGAGCCAUUCCCUUUUCUUCUGCUUCUUUUAUUUGGCCUGUUGAUUCAAUUUUGUCAUGCCAAACUAGCUGGUUGAAUAAUGUCCUGAAAAUUCUACAGUGGCAUUGUGUUGAUAAAACACCCUAAAUUUA